AUGGCGGGGCUUUGCACAAACGACCCAGAGCUCUCAGUCACUGAACGGCUGAGUCUCCGUAGCGUAGCAGCGACCGCACUCCAGCAGACUCCUGCAGACUCCUGCAGACUCCAGCAGACUCCUGCAGACUCCUGCAGACUCCAGCAGACUCCUGCAGACUCCAGCAGACUCCAGCAGACUCCAGCAGACUCUCUGUCUGCACUCAAGCGAAACAACAAGCAGGAGAACCGUCACACUCUGGCCCAUGAGUGCCUGGGGGAGGUCUUGAGGGUCCUACGACAGGACAUCAGCACCUACCCCCUCCUCAACACUGUGGAGACCAUCACUGCUGCAGGCAAACUCAUAUCUAAGGUCAAAGGAUUUCACUAUGAAAUGUGUAAUGACACAGAAAAUAAGGACUUUGAGAAGGCCAUUGAGACCAUUGCAGUUGCUUUUAGUAGAAAUGUGUCAGAGCUGCUGAUGGGGGAGGUGGACAGCAGUACCCUACUGUCCCUGCUGCCAACAGAGAAGAGCAGGUCUAUGGAGAACCUGUACAGGGCAUCAGGUCAGGGGCUAGAGGGAGCUCAGAUGAGGGGUGACCUGCAGGACUUUGGCCGGGCCGAGGAGGUGGACAUCAUGCUGCAGCGUAGUGAAGGGGGAGUGGAUGCUCUGGCCUACGCCAAGACCAUCUCUAAAUACAUGAAGGACCUGAUGAGCUACGUGGAGAAGAGGACCUCACUGGAGGAGUAGUUUGCCAAGGGCUUACAAAGACUGUACCAGUCCAGCAAGCACAGCAUCACACACAUAAGCCCUGGUGGUUUUCACCACAUGCCCUUCUACUCCAUCUACUCUCUGGCUCUAGAGCAGAGUAGUGGGGUGCAGCAGGCCACCUCCACACUGCACAGCCAGACCUUCCUACAGCCUCUGACGCAGCGUAAACACAAGCAUGAGAAGAAACGCAAGGAGAUCAAGGAACAGUGGGACUGAGCCAAGAGGAAACUGCUGGAAUGUGAGUCUAACCUGCGCAAGACCAAGCAUGGCUACAUGGCUCGCUGUGAGGAGUACAACAAGGCAGCCACUAGCAGAGCAGCAGAGGAGGAGGGGGGAGGCUCCACCUCCAAGUCUCUGGGCAAGAAGUUACGAGCGGAAGAAGAGGCUCGCAACAAGGCUGAGGAGGAAGAGGCCACCUACAGGACGUGUAUAGCAGACGCCACCACCCAGCAGCAGGAGCUGGAACAUGUGAAGGUCAAUGUGCUCCGACUUCUGCAGGAGGUCAUCAAACAGAGUGACCAGACCCUGCGCUUGGCUACCAUCUCGUACUACCAGAUAAUGCAUAUGCAGACAGUGGCGUUGCCGGUCCACUACCAGACUCUGUGUGAGAGCAGUAAGCUGUAUGAUCCAGGACAGCAGUACGCUGCCCACGUCCGAGACCUGCAGCUCACUAAGGAACCAGAGGUCACCUACCAGUUUGAGCCCUACACUGCCACUGCAGCCUCCACACAGUGUCCUUCAUGUUUUGUAGUCGGUGAUAAUCUUGUGUACCUUUCCCCAGGACAAGGCCACAAAUCGGGGGUUUCUACAGUGAGUGAUGCAGACAGUGUAGAUGGCCUGGAAUCUCCUACCACCAGUACAGGUGACAUCAGUAAAAUGGCGCGCACCUCCUCCACCGGGACCAUGUCAUCAAAUGAGGGUCCAGAUGAGAAGGACGGGAACGUGGCCUCCUUCCAAGCACCAAACAUAAAUGGCAUGGAGCCAGAGAUGGCGGUUCCAACCGGAUCUUUCCGGAACAUUGGGCUCUCCAAAGCCGCCCAGACCCACUGGCUGCGUAAACUCCGCACCCCGUCCAAGUGUCGGGAGUGCGACAGCUACGUGUACUUCCAGGGAGCGGAGUGUGAGGAGUGUUUCCUGGCAUGUCAUAAGUGGUGUUUGGAGACGUUGGCCAUCCAGUGUGGCCAUAAGAAGCUGCAGGGUAGACUCCAGCUGUUCGGCCGAGACUUCUCCCAGGUGUCCAGCGACAGCUCCAAUGACAUCCCCUUCAUCAUCACUAAGUGCAUCUCCGAGAAAGAGAGACGAGCCCUGAAGAUGAAGGGUAUCUACAUAGUGAAUGGUGUGAAGACUCGUGUGGAGAAGCUAUGUCAAGCAUUUGAGAACGGCAAAGAACUAGUGGAGCUAUCGCAGUGUUCCCCCCACGACAUCAGCAAUGUCCUUAAGCUCUACCUCCCGACAGGUACACACCGUCUUCCAGAGCCCAUCAUGUUGUUUCGUCUGUACAAAAGCCUGAUGGGGCUGGCCAAGGAGAGCCUGCUGACUGAGGGAGGGGAGGCCAGGACAGGGAAGGGGCCAGAGCUGGUAGAGCUGGUGGACCUGGGGCCAGCCACUGACCCAGCGAUCCUGGCUGUGGUGGAUAGACUCAGAGAGUUGCUGAGAGAACUGCCCAAGGCUAACAUAGCCACGUUGCGCUACAUCGUACGCAGGAUUGCAGAGUUAGAGCAGGACAAUAAGAUGAGUCCCAGUAACCUGGGCAUUGUGUUUGGCCCCUCUCUGAUGCGGCCCCGGCCCACUGGGGCCACAGUGUCCCUGUCCUCUCUAGUGGACUACCCCCACCAGGCCCGCAUCAUAAAGACUCUCAUAGUCUUUUACACAGCCAUCUUCCAGUCCUCCAGCCGUCACCCAUUCUCCACCCAACAGGCCUGUCUUUGGUUGUAGAGGAUGCAUGUACAUACUUUAGAUAAGCAAAAUUACAUGUUAAAGAAUAUUUCAAACAUACAAAGAAUGUGAAUGCUUUCAGUUCACCUACCCACAAUAGCUCAACUAAUACCAGAGUUGUGAAUGGUUUGAACUCAAGCUCCCUAUUUAUCUUAGGUUUUGUGUUCGUCUCCCCCUGCUGGUAUAGACUGUCGGUGCAGGUAUAGAUGACAACAGCAGUGCUGCGGUAGCUGAUGAAGAGGAACAGGAUGCCAAUGAGGAACAGAGCAGAACAGACUCUGACAAAAUGGAGGGCUGUGGCAGUUCUCCAGAAUCCCUGGGUUACAGUGAGCAAAUGGUUUGACUGACAGUUUGUGUAAACACAGCCUGUGCAAUGUGUCAACCCCAAUGAAAGGCUUUACGGUGUUUAAGUGUACUUCCAGUCUGGCGAUUUUGUUGGUGGAUGUUACCACAAAUCUUGGUUUUAACAUGUCAUGAAAUACUACAUGACACAUUCAUCAUGGACACUUGGUUAUAGCUGUUCUGUCAGCAUUAAUUCUAGUUAUUACAAGCUGUGAUUUAAUUUUGAAAAUAAUCUGUGCCUUACAAAUUGGCAUAGUGAUAAUCUUUCAAAAAGUAUUUACAUUGCUCUUAUGCUUGAAUAGUGAGUUAUUUAUCUAAGAUCAUUUUUCCAGGUAUUCAAAGUGCUGCUGGUUUUAUUUCAGCACUAAAAUCCCAAAAAUGCAUAUUUAGAUCUUAACAGUUAUGUAGGAUGUAUUUGUCUUUAUCUGCUGAAUUCACUGUUUUGACAUUGUCAGUAAUAAAGGAAGCUAUUAAAUGUUGACUAUGCCUUGUAAAACAACCAAUUCAUUGAAACUAUAGCCUCAUUUAUACCUGCUGCUACUCUAGGUGACAGAGGCUAAUAUAUGCCUUU